GAGUCUCCGCGUCAUCCGUAAUGCCUCCAGUUGUUAUUUCGUAAUUUGCAUCACGUUUUUCUCUAUACUGUGCUGUUUGUGAUAUAGAUUGACACACUGUACCUUCGUCGCCACGUUCCAGUCUUUCAAUAGUGCUCGAUAUCAUGUAAUGCAACGUGCACUGUAAGGAAGAAUAGUUAUAAUACUUUAAACAAUGGUGAGACUGGCAUUCGGAAAAUUAACGGCACUACCUGGUAUCAGUUGAAGGGUUGCAACAUGCCGAUGAAAGGAAUGGCCAAGUGGGGCAAAUGGAAUUACACCAACCUGGGCAACUACAUUCGGAUUUCGUUCAAUACCAUCUUGCCGGAACCUAGAAGAUUACUAUCAUUUCAUUACCUGUGGAGAAUCGCGGUAGACAGCGUACGCAGAUCCAUAUUGAGUCCAGGCAGAUUUUCAAUUUUACGGAGGAUGGCAAUUAGCGAGUUUUAUUGUCAAAUUGCCAAGUGCUCUUCCCAUACAAAUUGGAGGAAUGCUAUCCAAAUGGAACCAUCGAGGGUACUCAGAUACCAACAAAUAUCAGAAUUUUGAUAGAUGUCAUUCAAAAAGCAGAGCGUUAUGCCCACACUACAUUGGAUAUGAGGACCAUGUCUUCGUCGCUGCUUCGCAGGUUUCGAUUCGACGGUAUCCAACGACAAAAUGGGAUUCCAGCUGUAGUUGGAAUUCUGCCAUUUGGUGGAACAGGACCUCAGCGUGCCAAACACGAAUUAAUUGAAGAAUUGGUACCUGGUGAUUCUGACAGAUUUCCCUCCGAAGCUCUCACUCUGACAGAGCGUUGCGUAUUACAUCGUGCGAUUUCAUCAACAAUUUGGGAGCACCCUAUGGCUGAAGUAGAAAAAUUGUGUAGAGCACCAUCUGAAAAAGUAUCUGGCAGAUCUAAGUCUGACGUCCCUAUGGUAUGCCCCAUUGAAACUGGUGUCAUAAUCACUCCAUACGGAACUAUUACACCUGGUACAGUUAUAGCCUCCAUCGCAGCAUCUCUCCAGCCACAGAGCGUACCAAUUCGUUUGUUGGUUCACCCACCAAAAAUGUAUCGACAAGCGACCACACACAACACGGAGUUACCAUUGGUGAACUAUGACAAAGACGAAGUUGACCUGUUUGUACCCCACGGCCAAAUCUCAAGCGGGAAAUCCAUGUCCUACAAAAAUCUGAUGGAGUCCGCUACUAAAUUGGAUAAUAUCUGGGUAGCCUCACUUGCGGGUGAUAUCGGAGAAAUGGCCGUUUAUCAAGGGCCCAUUGUCGGAUCUGCAAUGGCUUUAGGAGCAACUGGAUUUUGGAACAGUACUAUGCAGCCCAGAACAUUUUAUCUGACAGAUCAUAAUGGGCAUUUAGAGGCAACCCGAGCUGAAAUCAUUGGCGGAAUCGACGGCCUAAUAAUUGGAAAGAAUUUAGAAGCAUGGAUCGACGGUUUUCACAGUCUUCGCUUGAGCCAAGUUUUGGAUAUGUAUUACAGCCACGACGGUAUUGCAUUUGAUAAAAAUAUGAAGGCGUGUCAGCGAGCAGCGAACUUUCCACACGUUGCACCGAGAACAACGCUAACGGAACAGGCCCAUGCUGUUUCUCAAAUUUUGGCACAUCGCAACAGUGACUCUUAUAUUUUUCCUGAAACCCUAAUUAAAUUGUCGGAUUAUGCGGUUGAUAAGUUCUCAUCCUAUGCGGACCAAUAUCUUUUCGGUCAGACUAACUGCGGCAAUCCAGAGCCAAGGCCUCAGUUGGAAAUUUUCGUAGCCUUUGAUGGUGCCUGGUCCAGGGAUUAUACCGCGGAUUUUUUAUCGGUGAUGGUCGAGGAUUUGGACGUGUCGACUUAUGGAUCAAGAAUGGGUCUGCUUCAGGGAACAACUGGAGAGUGGCUAGCUAACGUGACUCAUAGUCCAACUACAAUUUUCCACGCAUUGACUAAUUUCAGCCAGAUAACAUGGCCCACCGCGCUGAACUUCAUCAAAGUAUUCGAACAGAUUAAUAUGCACCUCAAUAAAACCUGGAGCAAAAACAGCGAACACCAUGUGAUUGGCAGUUUCGGACAAGUUGUUAUAUUGCUCGCUCCGCGAACUGUGUUAAACCAAAACGAACAACAAUACACCAUAGCAGCAAUACGACAAUUGAAACAUAACUACCCUGAACUCCGAUUUCUGUAUUACGGUUCAGAGUUCUACUCCCAAUCACUGGGAAAUCUUAUUCUGACGGAAGAGGAUCAUUUGAUUAAAAGUCUGAAGAUAGAUGACCUCAAUAGAUACCUCCUCACAGUUCCAAGAAUCUUACGCCCUCCUUCAAACUUGACUGAGACAAACGGUAGGAAAAAUCAAUUCGAGGAUUACAUAGGACUUGGUAGAGAUUUGUCCUUUGAGCUGCAUCCGCAGUGGCGGAUAAAUACCAAAAAAGUUAAAGUCACAUUUCAUGCCGUUGGUUACGGUAGUAUGAAAGUCUGCUCAUGGAAUAAAUGGGGUGCAUCUAAAACGCAAAAUGGAUUUUACUGCCAGGAGCUCACGGGUCACCAUGAGAUCAGUAUGAGUGAUUAUUUCGACUGUCGUUAUGGAAAGUCAUGUCCUACUACGUAUUAUCGAGUUCAGAAUGUAACGUCUCUGCUGAGAUGUAGUGAGAUGGACUGCAAGCUGCCUAGUCAUGUCAGGUACCUGAUACGUAUGGAGAAUUUUCAAUACACGAAUUCUCCUAGCGCCACUAUAACUGUUUCUAGAUCCCUAUUCAUAUCUAGUCAGUUCUUCAUUUUUACGUCAUUAAUCUUGAAGAACUUUAGCUUCAAGUUAUUCAUUCUAUCUUCGAAUAUUGAGUAAAAUGCAUGGCAUUUUAUUCGUGAGGACAAUGGAAUACCAUAUUCUAUUAUUUAUUAAAAUCUCAGGUAACUUUUAAUAAAUUUUUAAUUAAUUGAA